AUGGAGAAAAAGAACAUAUUGUUUAAUGUUGAGGUGAAAACGGGUUCUCCAAAUUACAAGAUGUUUCCUGAAGACAAACCAGGGUUGGAGCACUAUGGAUAUUCAGAGUCCAUGCAAGUCUUGGAAAGGGACAAUAUGCCUAGAGCAAGUGAUCUCCUUUUAUCAGUUUCAGUAUGUGCUGAAGUAUACAAAACCAAAAUUGUUGAUCUUGCCUUAGCAGCAAGUGAAGAACUAAGGCAAAUGGCUCAAGAACAAGAACCAUUAUGGCUAUUUGACACUAAUAAGCAAACAGAGGUACUCAAUGAAGCAGAGUAUAAGCGACGAUUCGUUCAUCUUGAUCCGACUUUAGAGGAAAUAAUCCAAUUCCUUGCAAAUGGAGGGCCUAUUGACGUGCCAAACUUUAAUGGAAACGUCGAAAUUGAGAUGGAAAAUUCAACGACGCCCUCUGAAAUCGAAGCAUCAAGAGCUAUUGGGAUUGUCCUUGUGGAUCCAAUCAACCUUGUGCAUAUGUUGAUGGAUGUCGUAAGUUACAGAUACUUGUGUUGCUCGGACUCUUCAGAAAUACUGUCUAAGGACCAGUGGUCAUGUGUGUUCUCCAACAUUGUUUCAAAAGCAACAAAUAUUGGACUUCUAUUGACAGGAGGAGAUGGAAAUCUUAAUGGAGCUUUACAAGUGAUGACAGCACAAUUUCAUCUUCCUUCUCCACUUAUUAGGCCCCGGGAGGUCUAUUUCGCGAGGCACUCUCGACAACUAGAUUUCAAUACUUGGCUAGUAGCUGAUGUCUCCUUAGAGAGUGUUUUUCCUAGUCCAUUAGUCCGGUGUCAAAGAAGACCAUCCGGAUGCCUAAUCCAAGGGCUUCAAAAUGGAUUAUCAUUGGUUACUUGGGUGGAGAAUAAUGUAGUCUGCAACGGUUUGGUUCCCGAAAUGUUCAGGCAGACGCUUAAAUCAGGGAUUGCAUUCAGCGCAAAGCGUUGGAUGAUGACCAUGGAGAGACAUUAUGACAGACGUGCAAUUUUGCAUAAACAACAUGGUCAACCAUUGCAACAACCUUUGCAAGACAUCAACAUAGGGGAAGGACAGAAGAAUUUAAUGAAGCUGGCUGAACGAAUGAUCAGAAGUUACAAUGAUAUUUUUAUCUCGUGCAGUGAAAACCAAUGGAUGCCCUUAAGUAUACAUGGUGGUGAAGAUAUCUUUGUGAAAACAAGCAUGAAUUUAGAUGAUCCAGGAACCCCUCGUGGUGUUGCAGUAACGAUUUCAACUUCCGUGUGGGUACCAAUCCCACAAAACGACGUUUUUCAGUUCCUUCGAGCAGGAGCAAAUCGCUGCAAGUGGGAUUUACUCUCCUAUGGGUGUAUGACUCGAGAUGCACUACAUAUUUCUUCAGCAAGAGACCCUGCAAACUCUGUUUCACUAAUCAUGUUGGAGCCUCCAAAUGGAAGACCAGACAAGUCAGAAAUUUUUUACCUGCAAGAAACCUUCACAGAUUCAACAGGAAUGUACAUAAUUUAUGCACCAGUUGAUGCCUCAGCUGUGCAGUAUAUUUUGGAAGGCAAAGACUCUGAUGGUGUAGCCAUGUUGGCUUCAGGAUUUUCUGUCCUCCCUUGUAAUUCUGAGGGAAGUGUUCUAACAGUGGCAUUUCAGUUGAUGGAUGAAGAACUACUAACGCCGCAGUAUCUUCCCCCACACUCGGUGUUUACAGCAAACAGACUCGUAUCUGAAACAGUCUCCCUCAUCAAGGCUUCAUUGUUGCUCAACUCUGCAUGCUGA